AAUGCAAAAAGAGAGAAAGAGAGAGGGAGAACAUGGGGGAGAGAGAGGAGGGAAAGUACUAGUCUGGGAUAAGGGAACAGAGAAAGAAUCAGGAGGAAUGGGGGUCAGAUAGCAGUAAGGACUUCCCAGCACCUAAACAGAGUGACACAAAUAUCCACCAUCGCCAUGCCACCAUUCCCUUCAGCAGCACAGCUUCUAGGGGUGGGACAAUUGACUGAGGGCUUUCCAUGACGUGAGUCUUCUGCUGGCGCUUAGGCUGUGGGUAAGGUGACAUUUCCUGCCUCUGGGGGCUGGAGCAAGAGAAGAGAUGAGUCGCUGAGUGCACAGACCCUUCCAGAGCUCAUAGACACACCCUGCUCUGGGGUCCCUUUAUAAGCUGUCCCCAUGGAGUUCCCCCUGACCCAGAUAUGCCCCCAAGGGAGUCACAAAGCCCCCACCCCGACCUUCAGCACCUUCCAGCCCAUGAACUUGACCCGCAGGAGCUACCAAGACCUGGGCUUGCUCUCUGGGCCCAGACUCCAGGCCCUGAGGGCUGAGGAGGCCCAGCCCAACCCUGUGGCCCCAGAGAGCCCCUCUGCGAACUCUUCCCCUAUCCAAGUAUCUCCCCAGGCCCCUAGCGCUGCCCACAUUCCAGGGAAUGCUGAGGAGGUGCCUGGGGAAGGAAGCCUGACCCUGAAGGCUGAGACCCGGACUUGGUUCCAGAAGACCCAGGCCCACUGGCUCCUACAGCAUGGGGCAGCCCCUGCCUGGUUCCAUGGCUUCAUCACACGGAGGGAAGCUGAGAGGCUACUGGAGCCCCAGCCUCAGGGAUGCUACUUGGUACGGUUCAGCGAGAGCGCGGUGGCCUUCGUGCUGACCUACAGGAGCCGGACUUGCUGCCGCCACUUCCUGUUGGCCCAGCUCACCGAUGGGCGCCACGUGGUGCUGGGCGAGGACAGCGCCCACCCGCGGCUGCAGGGCCUGCUGCAGCACUACUCGGCGCACCCACUCAGCCCCUAUGGGGAGACGCUCGCCGCGCCGCUAGCCCGUCAGCAGACUCCAGAGCCCAUAGGACUUUUCCUGAGGACUGAAGAACCAGAUUCUGGAAGCAAAAGUUGGGACCCAAACCCUCAGUACAGCCCAAUCAUCAGAAAGGGGCAGGCCCCAGCCUCAAUACAAAAAGAGAGGAGCUCAGAACCAAAGGAGCCCUCCCAGCCACCCAGGCCCAGGCCUCCCAUCCCCACCAAACCUCAGCUGCCCCCGGAAGCCUACGCAAGUCCCUCUCUUCGACCCCGCCUGGCCACACCCCUCAAGCCCACCAACCCUAUCUAUCAUGAGCCUGAUGAACCCAUCGCCUUCUAUGCCAUGGGCCGGGGCAGCCCCGGGGAGGCCCCCAGCAACAUCUAUGCCGAGGUAGAAGGUGAAGGCCCGCUGUCCCCACCCAUGCUGCAGAAGUGCCCGUCCAGGCCUGUCCCAGGAGGCCAGAGUUCAGGUGGACCACAGCUGUAUUCUGAGAACUCUGUGGCUAGACAAGGGCCUUCCCUGCCCCACAAGCUUCCAUCCACCUUGAGACACACCCUUCCCCACAAUCUUUCAAGAUAGAUGCUUCUGGACAAAGGACAGGCGUGGCUCCCUCUUGGGCCUCCCCAGUAGCCGGUGAGUCUGAGCUGGGGGAGAAUAAUUUAAAACAUCUGGUCCAAAGACCUUCACACACACUGGGCACCCUUCUCAGGAAAUAAGGAUGGAACAAACCAUAGGUGAGCAAAGCUGGAAGGGACCCCAGCCAUCAUCAACUGCAAGGAUGGCAAAGAGGCGUCAUCUUGUGUGCCAACAUCAAUCCAUUGGUCGUGGCUGCCUAGAUCACUGCAUUGUAAAGGAUAUUAAGGACAUAUCUGAACUCAGCAGAAAAUAGCACCGUGAUUGAUUAGUGAUGUCUGCCAUGGGUGAGGGAUGGGGGGUGAGCAGCACUUCAUUUGCCCUUACUGAUCAAGUCCAGUUCCCUCACUGUACAGAUAAGGAAGAAAAGCCAGAGGGGGACAGUGACUUAGUUAAGAUCAAGGACUAGAACACAGGCUUCCUGAUUACUGUGUAGUCCCUUACCCCUGUCCCUUACCCAAAACCCACAAGUUCUUCUCCACAGAAAACAUCAAAGAUCCCCUCAGAUAGAAAAUGUAGCUGCUUUCCAGAGUGCUUGCUGCCCAUGGGAACCCAGGUGCCAGAUGCUAGCUUAACCCUGGCCCCUGACAGGUCCAGUCCCCCUCAAAGAAGCCUGGAGGUCAAAGGAUCAAAUGUGGGGUCCAUUUCCCCUUAAGAACAUGCCACCUGGCUCCCUCCCAAGGGUCUCCAGGAAUCCAGUGGCUCAGAGCUUGGCUAUGCUCUAAGAUAAGAGCAAGCAUCCCGGGAGGGUGCUGCCAGCCACUGCUGCCCUGGUUUCUCCUUCUGGAGUCUAAUUUCCUUGGCCCUCUAAGCCUUUGAGUCUGGGCCCUGGUCCAACCCUGCUGUUGUCUGAGGAAUGGUCUGGUGAGAACAGAUGUUAGAACUUGUUUGUUGAUUCUUGUCUGGCUAAUAAAACAUCACCAACUGCCUCCCCCCAUGGGACCUAAGUCUUCCCAGUUCGUUCUGUCUCUGACCUUCUCUCCCUCAGAUCAUGGAAGACAAGUGAACUGCCAUUUCAGUAGGGAUAGAGGGGCUGGGCACUGACAGACGCUUGGGCAAGGGUCACAGGUCUGUCAGCGGAGGGCUUAGAGGCACCAAGGCAGGGGACACAGACCUCUCUAAAGUACUCCUUCUCUUGAAGGAGGCAACCAGGGCAGAGUGGUGGCCCCACAGCCUGAGGGUCCCAGUAAAGAAAGAGAGGCAGGGUAGGGAGGGAUGUGGUGGAGGGGCAGCCCCUACUCCUCCUCCCCAAC